CUAUCUUAGCUAUCUAGCUUGCAUCAACUCCCACGUUCUACGUUUGCCCUUCCAAGACUUCAAUUCGUCAGUCCUGCACUUGAACUUCUUUCCUCAUAUCUGGCAGCCAUGGCCACUGAUAUUCGUACCUCGGAGCUCAAGGAGCCCGUAGAUGUUGCUGAGUACCUUUUCCGACGCCUGCACCAAGUUGGCGUGCGAUCAGUACAUGGUGUCCCUGGGGACUACAACCUCGUUGCAUUGGACUAUAUCCCCAAAAAUGGUCUGAAAUGGGUGGGAAAUGUCAACGAGUUGAAUGCAGGCUACGCCGCCGAUGGCUAUGCGCGUGUAAAAGGAAUCGCUGCAAUUGUUACCACCUUUGGCGUAGGAGAGCUGUCGGCCGUUAACGCACUGGCCGGUGCGUACAGCGAAUAUGUUCCCGUUGUCCACAUAGUCGGAUGUCCUUCCACUGCUGCCCAGAAAGACGGUCUUCUUCUGCACCAUACUCUUGGAAAUGGUGACUACUCCGUUUUUGCCAAUAUGUCUCGUCAAAUCUCCUGCGCUGUCUCCAUGCUCAAUGAUCCUUACGAAGCCGCAACUCUCAUCGACCAUGCCAUACAAGAGUGUUAUAUUAAAAGUAGACCGGUCUACAUUUCUCUCCCCUCCGACAUGGUCACGAAGAAGAUUGAAGGCGCAAGGCUGAACGCGCCGUUGAACCUGGACUUUCCAACCAAUGAUCAAGACAAGGAAAAUUACGUUGUUGAUGUUGUGAUGAAGUACCUCGAAGCAGCUAAAUCACCCUGCAUCGUCGUUGAUGCCUGUUCCAUAAGACACCGUGCUCUUGAGGAAGUCCACAAACUCGUUGCAACAUCUGGCAUACCUACCUUCGUUGCUCCAAUGGGAAAAGGGGCAAUUGAUGAGACCCUACCAAAUUAUGGCGGGGUGUACGCUGGUGAUGGGUCGAAUGAGGGCGUGCAGAACUACGUUGAAAAUUCCGACCUUGUUCUCAACAUUGGUGCAAUAAAGUCUGACUUCAACACUGCUGGUUUCACAUAUCGCAUGUCGCAGCUCAAGUCCAUCGACUUCCAUAGUUACGGUGUAUACGUUCGAUACUCCGAAUAUCCUGGAGUGCGCAUGAAUGGUGUUCUGAGAAAGGUGGCCGAGAAGCUCGGAAAGUUCAACGUGACAGCCCCAUUCCCUAAACCAAGCAAUGCAAUCCCAGCAGAAGAGAAACAAGACGACUCUGGCGUAAUUAGCCACGCUUGGUUGUGGCCACGUCUGGGCCAAUGGCUGCGUGAGGACGAUGUUAUCAUCACAGAAACAGGCACAAGUAAUUUUGGUAUUUGGGAGACUAGGUUUCCAAAGAAUGUCAUCGCCAUAUCGCAGGUACUUUGGGGUAGUAUUGGAUAUGCGACGGCAGCAUGUCAAGGUGCCGCAUUAGCUGCGCGAGAGACAGGCAAAAAGCGGACGAUUCUGUUCACCGGUGACGGUAGCUUCCAACUCACUGCCCAAGAAGUGUCAACAAUGAUCCGAAAUGAGUUGGACCCGAUAAUAUUCGUGCUUUGUAACAAGGGGUACACCAUCGAACGAUUUAUCCACGGAUGGAAAGACGCGUACAAUGACGUGCAAGAGUGGGAUUAUAAGGGCAUUCCGGCGGCUUUCGGCUGUUCCCCAGAAAAGCACCAGACGUACCGAGUUAAGUCAAAGAAAGAGAUUGACGACCUAUUCAACGACCAGACCUUUUCUGACAGCAAUAAGCUGAGAUUCGUGGAGAUUGUAAUGGACUGGGACGAUGCUCCAAGGGCCCUUAAAUCAACUGCCGCUGCAUCUGCUAAGAGAAAUGAGGGAUAGAUGUAAGUAUACGAAUGAAUGACAAACUUGACUCUGAUCUUGAGCUGUUGACAACCUAUGACAUGGUCCCAAAUCGCACAAAGAAUGUACCAUGCAAAUCGAGUCCCUCCUGAGUGUAAGUGAACCUACCAAUGCUGGGGGUUGUCUAUCCACUAGCAGCCUCGAAAAAUAAGUGAAUCAACAAUAUCCGCGGCACGUGGCGCCACAUGACACUGUUUAUAAUUACAAGCUUGUUGUCUUUGCUUGUUCAUCGUCGCGUAGCAUAGCCUUGACUUGCCCACGCACACCGCACCUGGUUAAUCUUAAAUUCGAAGAAAAUUUGCUCCGUGUUUGAC